AUGGAUGCGAGUAGUAAUCACAACUAUCAUCAACAAAACAGCCAACCCAGUUCAGGGUUAUUGAGAUUUCGCUCAGCUCCAAUUUCACUUGUUGCAGAUUUUACUGAUAAUGGAGUUGACAAUGAUUCUGUUUUGAAUUUCCAAGAGUUUGAGGAUAAAUCCGCAGCAAGAGUGAGAGGGGAAGCUGCUAAUUAUUCAAAUUUGCAGCGGAGUUAUUCAGGUUUGCCUCCUCAUUAUCCAAGGCAGAGUUCGGUUACAAGUACUUCAGCUAUGGAUAGUUCAUAUGGUUUGAUUGGUUCAAUAUCAAUGGGUCAUCAUGAGCAAAUUAAAAGGGUUGAUUCAAAUCUUGCUAGGCAGAAUAGCUCUCCCGCUGGACUUUUUGGGAACCUGUCUGUUCAAAAUGGCUAUCCCACCAUAAAAGGAGUGGGAAACUAUUCUGGGUUGAGUGGUAGUAAUGAAGAAGCAAGUCCAAGAUUGAAGAGUCAACUUAGCUUCCCAUCAAGAGUACCUUCUUCCUUAGGCUUGCUGUCGCAGAUUUCUGAAAUUGGGAGCGAAAGCAUGGAGGCAGACAGCCCUGAUAGUGGAAAACUUGGAAGUGGCAACGAGGACCGUCGACUUUACAGCAGCCAUGGGUUUUCAUAUGGUUCUUGGAACAAUUCGCAUUUGUCAGAGAAUUUUAACAGCAUGAAAAGAGAUCAAGAAAAUGGAAACCUGUUUUCUAAUGCUCAGAACGGAGAGCUUGGAACUCGUGCUCAUGUAUUAUCCCACCACUUGAGUGUACCAAAGACUUCAGUGGAAAUGGUUGCCAUGGAAAAGUUCCUUCAUUUCCAAGAUUCUGUUCCUUGUAAAGUUAGAGCAAAGCGUGGUUGUGCCACUCAUCCUCGAAGUAUUGCGGAAAGAGUGAGAAGAACUCGGAUCAGUGAAAGAAUGAGGAAACUACAAGAGCUUGUUCCAAACAUGGACAAGCAAACAAACACGGCAGACAUGUUAGAUUUGGCUGUAGACUAUAUUAAAGACCUCCAGAAACAGUACAAGACACUAAGUGACAACCGAGCCAACUGCAAGUGUUUAAGCAAGCAGAACAAAAUUGUUUGA